GACGUGAGACAAAAGGGCUUUGAGUCAUUUGUGUAUAAGCUGAGAUAUAGUGAUGUUUAUCAGACAUUAUUAGCCAUAAUGUCGUAACGCUGAAAGCAGCUAGCCGGCCAACCGAGUCCUGCCUGUAGUUUGGGAAAUACGAUGAUUGUAAUGAUUGUGAGACAUGGACGACAUAAACCUUCAUUAUCGCUUUCUGAACUGGAGGAGGCGAAUUCGAGAAAUUCGUGAGGUGCGAGCGGUGAGAUACCGGGAGCGGCUGAAAAGGAUGCUGAGAGAUGGAGACAUACUCAGGUAUCAUGGGAAUUCAGAUGAAGUUGGCUGUUUUGUGGCGGCGAGGCCAUUGUCAAGGAGAAACCGCUAUUUUGAAGUGACCAUUAUCGAUACAGGAGUGAGAGGAAUGAUUGCUGUUGGUUUGGUACCUCAGCUCUACAAGCUGGACCAUCAGCCGGGCUGGCUCCCGAAUUCUGUGGCUUUUCAUGCCGAUGAUGGCAAGCUGUAUAAUGGAAACACUGUCGGACAGCAGUUUGGUCCAAAAUGCUGCAGAGGUGACAGAAUCGGCUGUGGAGUAUCUCUGGACUCGGAGGAUGGACAGCUAACUGUAUUUUUUACCAAGAAUGGCAAAGAAGUCGGCAGUGUGGAAAUCCCAGCGUCUCCUGAGGCUCUCUAUCCCGCUGUGGGAAUGCACUCCUUAGGGGAAGAAGUGCUGCUGGACCUGAACGCCGAAUGGGGGAUGGAGGAGGAUGAUGGACAGAUGAUUGUUGAUAGUCAUGAAGAGGACUGGGGCCGUCUCCAUGACGUCAAGGUGACCGGCACGCUGCUGGAGUACGUGGGUAAAGGGAAGAGCAUCGUGGACGUGGGCUUGGCUCAGGCCCGUCGGCCUCUCAACACACGCUUCCACUACUAUGAACUGGAGAUCACAGAUGCUGGAGAGAAGUGUUACAUCGCCCUGGGGCUGGCACGCAGGGACUAUCCCAAAAACAGACAUCCAGGCUGGAGCAGAGGGUCUAUAGCCUACCAUGCAGAUGAUGGAAAGUUGUUCCAGGGCAGCGGGGUCGGAGACGCGUUUGGACCCCGCUGUUUUGAAGGGGACAUUAUGGGCUGCGGGAUCAUGUUUCCACGCGACUACAGCCUGGAUGGUGGAGAUGACACAGACGACUGGGACUUCGAUGUGCUUCCCAAACCCAGCGAGGUUCAGAAUGACUUAUAUGCGAAUAAUGAAGAGGAGGAGGAAGAGGGAGAAGAUUUGGAGGGGAGGAAGGUCACGGUGUUCUUCACCAGAAAUGGAAAGGUGGUGGGCCGGAGGGAGGUGGCCUUACCUGUGGGAGGCUUGUACCCCACGAUUGGCAUGAUGAGCACUGGGGAGAAGGUCAGAGUGGACCUGCACCCCCUCAGCGGCUGAGCAGAGAGGAGGGAAAACUGAGGGGAGAAAUCUGAGCACGGACAAGUCAAUGAACCCUGGUACAUCUGUGGAGAUCGGGCAAUGCACAAUACCUCCACAUCAACAGGCUCCAAGAUGUUACCUGAAAGUCACUCCAGUGUGGAGGGUGACUGUGGCUCCCUCAUGCUGUAAGAAUCAUAACAAUGCAUGUUAAUAGGACAUGCACGCUACAAAGAAGUGCUUUUAUAAUUAAAUGGUUUUACAGAAGAUUGUUAAACCAGAUGUUUGUACAGGUUUCAUCACACAAAGUAAAGUUUAUAAAAUAACAUUUAAAAAUGCCAAAAAAGCAAGGGUCUCACCAGAAUAAUGAAUGUAAAAAUCCAAUCGGAGCAGACCCCAGCAUACAACAGGACAGCAAUCGUAUCCAGUUUGUCAGCAGAUAUGCAGCUCCACUCUCACAGCCUGCAGCAACACCGUGCUCAUUACCGGAGGUCGGCUGUGUUUCCUCCUGUCGAUGGUGUGUUACUGACACUCAGUGGACAGAGUGAGUCUGCAAAAUAAUGCUCAGAAAGUCUUCCAAAAAAAAAAAAAAAAAGGUGUGCACUAACUGAAUAGAAAGUUUACUCUGUGAAGCCAAGUUGGUAAAAUUAGCUGUUUUACGAGCGUGGUUCUGCACAAGUACGAGUGCUUGUUCUGACAUGGAGUCAUUACAGCAUGUUUUGUGGCAACUGUGCAAGCCACGUGUAUGAGGAAUUACUAGAUAAAUCAACUAUGACAAUUUGCUGAAAUUAAAACCAAACCAUUACACUUUUUGAUGUUAGAAUAAGCCGUUAUUAACCCUUUAAAGCCUGGAGUGACGUCACUUUUCUUGUGCUG